GACUACUUUGACAAUUGAUGGCAUUGAUGGCGUCCGACACAAACACAAAGGUGCUCCGUGUUUAUAUUCUUUUUAGUGCCCAAUGAGUAGUUAUUUGUAUUUGGAUUCUAUAUAGUAUAGAAGAUAGUUGCACUUCGAACAUUAUACAUUGCAAAUCGUACAGCAUAAACCUAUAGUGAAAUGAGUGGUCCAAGAAGCAACAUGUCCCAAAUGAACGGGAACAACCGCCGACCGCCCAACAUCCACAGAGUACCCUCCAUGGAGAAACCUCCGGCUGUACAGCAUGAUGAACUUAUUAAAUAUAUUUGUGAUUCAUGGACCAAAGUUUGUCAGGAUCUGGAUAAGAACACAACCAAGUAUUACAACGAACAGGAAAAUAUCAAACUGAAAGAUUUUCGUCCAUUCGAUUUAGAGGCGUUCUGGGGAAGGCGGACCCACAAAAAUUACCAUCAACCACAACAUUCAUAGCAAAUAGGUUAACUUAUGAUUUCUAUUUUAUUUCUGACAAUUUUUUAUGAAGUAAAUGACUACAAAUCAA